AUGACCUGCGUGGAUCCUGUAUUGUAUGUGCUUAUCGGCCUUUCCCUGAUGGAAGCUGGAUGUCUCUCAGAGGAGUCCUUUAGACCUGCAGGAGCUGCGGCCCCCGGUGACAUCAUCAUUGGAGGGAUCUUCCCCAUCCACGAGGCCGUGGAAAAAGACCAAUACUUUCUCUCACCCCAAUUACAACAGUGUGUCAGGUUCGACACAGAAGGACUCGCAAAUGUCUUGGCUCUGAUCAAUGCAGUAGAGACGGUGAACAACUCCCCCGAUCUCCGUCGUGUCGGUGUCACUUUGGGAUAUCGGAUACACAACUCGUGCUCUGACGUCAGCACCGCUCUGAGGGCCACAGCGGACCUCAGCCGGCAGACACACGACGGCGGGCGGACUAACACCUCCGCCUGUGACCGGCCCGUCAUGGCUGUCGUCGGGGCGUCUGAAUCUGAGAUUUCCAUUGCUGUCGCCAGGCAACUGACCCUCAAAUUGAUUCCUCAAAUUAGUUACUCAUCAACAGCCGUUGUUCUGAGUGACAAAACCCGCUUUCCUUUCUUCCUGAGGACCAUCCCCAAUGACAAGUAUCAGACGGCCGCCAUCGUGAAGCUACUGAGUGACAGCGGCUGGAAGUGGGUGGGGAUGCUCACCACAAAUGGAGACUAUGGCCUCUCAGCCCUGGAGAGCUUUGUGUCCCAGGCCUCAGAGAAGGGCAUCUGUGUGGCCUUCAAAAAGUACUUCCCAGGAGCUGUCACAAGUCUGGACGUUCAGUCUGCCAUAAGGGAGGCUGCCGAAACCAUCCACAAGAACCCCAAGGUGAAGGUUAUUGUGUCAUUCGUCAAGCCAGCUCAUAUGAAGUAUCUGUAUCGGGAGCUGUGGGAUCUGGUGCUGACAGCAGGAAUGGGGCUGGAGUCUAUGGAGAGGAUAUGGGUGGCCAGUGACAGCUGGUCCUCCUCCUUCAACGCCAUACCUAAACACAUGAAACUGGAGGACAUUGGGCACGUUGUAGGCUUUACCUUCAAACAAGGGGACCUGUCAUCCUUCAGUCAUUAUUUGAGCAGGCUGGAGGCUGCUGGACACAACGGUAGAGAAAAUAACGCCUUCCUGGAUGAGUUUUACACACAGCUGAAUGCCAGUGGAGACACCAGAAACAGAGGCUUGGUGUCUAAAGCGAUGGAGAGGCUCAAAGAGGUCAGCCGAGCGGACACAAUCUUGAGUGUUGAGAUGGCUGUGAGCGCCAUUGCCCAAGCUGUGGCUUUUAUCUGCCAUGACAGAGACUGCAAAAGACCAGGAGCAUUGCAACCUUGGGAGCUCCUGAGAGCCCUGAGGAUGUGUUCAUUUAAGAAUGGAGAUAGGAGGUAUAGGUUUAACAGCCUCGGAGACGUCAACCUCGGCUACGAUGUCACACUGUGGAGGUCAGGGAGGGACACCAUCCGUGUAAAAGAAGUAGUGGCUGAGUACCACGUACCCAAUAACAGCUUCACCUACACCAGCCCCAUCGCCAAAGAACAACUUAUGCACCUGAGGAGCACUGUCUCAAAAUGUGCAAACAACUGUGUGCCUGGAGAGUACAAGAAAACAGCUGAAGGCCAACCCACCUGCUGCUACAGGUGCAUCAAUUGUACAGUUAACUACUACUCUAAUGACACAGAUAUGGACCUGUGUCUGAGCUGUGACCUGAAGACAGAGUGGUCUCCUGAGGGGAGUUCCCGCUGCAUUGGGAAAACCCUGCAGUUCUUCUCCUGGCGGGAUGGCUUUGCUGUGGUGCUGCUGACACUAGUCGCCCUGGGCAUCUUGCUGGUGCUUCUGUUGGGGGGCCUGUUUCUGCAUCAACGCCACACUCCCAUAGUCAGGGCCGCUGGGGGGCCGCUGUGCCAGGUCAUCCUCCUCUCCCUGGUGGGCAGCUUCAUCAGUGCCCUACUCUUUGUAGGUCAGCCCAGUGACCUCCAGUGUAAGUCCCGACAAGUGCUCUAUGGUCUUAGCUUUACCCUGUGUGUUUCCUGCAUCCUGGUGAAGUCUCUCAAGAUCCUCUUGGCCUUUCAGUUCAACCCUGCGAUGCAGGAGUUCCUGAAGAGGCUCUACCAGCCCUAUCUCAUCAUCGGUGGCUGUCUGGCCUUCCAGUUUUUGACUUGCAUCAGUUGGGUGGUCCUCAAAAGCCCAUUUUAUAACAUCAUUAUGUAUCCAACCACUAUGCUGGCAGAGUGUCACGAGGGAUCAUAUCUAGCCUUUGGGUUAAUGUUGGCCUACAUUGCAGUGCUAGCUUUUGUGUGUUUCAUCUGUGCAUUCAAAGGUCGCAAACUGCCCCAAAAGUACAAUGAUGCAAAGUUCAUCACCUUCAGCAUGCUCCUCUACCUCAUCUCCUGGUUCAUGUUUGUUCCCGUUUAUGUCACCACUUCGGGAGUGUACGUCCCUGCUGUUGAGAUGGUGGUCAUUCUCAUCUCCAACUAUGGCAUCCUCAGCUGUCAUUUCUUCCCAAAGUGCUACAUUAUCCUGUUUAGAAAGGAGCAAAACACCAGAAGCGCUUUUAUAAGGAAUGUGUAUGAGUAUUCCAACAAAUGUACAGAGUCAAUUCCCGUCUCUAAGACCUCUCCCUCAAAGCAGAAACACAUCAGCCAGCCUUACAUUAUCAAGCUAAGUGCCAUCCUCAAAUCCCCUACCAUCAAGUUUGGUGACACUGAAGCCUUUGACUUCUUCACCUUGUCCACCCAGUCUCUGGAGGGAAUGCCCGGGACACCUGAAGGGCCAAACGGAUAUGAGUUGAGAUAUGGAUCCCACAUCGACCGGCUCCUAAGCAAGAUGCCUCCAUCAUUCUGGGACAGAUUUAUCGAAUACUGUCUGAGCCACGGCAUUCUCCAGACCGGGUCAGACAUGACAUACACCCUGCCUGACCUGGCAGCCCAGCUCCGGAUGAAGUCACAAGCUAGGCGCCUCUCAAGUCAAGGUGCAGCACUCUACCAGUGUGAUGUACCCAAGCCAGUCAAGAAGGAUCAACGUGUCACUCAUUACAAGAAGAAGACCACGACCAUCCUUCUCAAUGCUAGGGAAUUCCCUAGUAUUCCAGAGACUGCUCGCUCCAAGACCGCCUUCAAGUCCAAGCUGUAUUGUCCCUUUUGUGACAACAAGGAGCACUUCUUGAAUGCCUGA